GAACAAUCUGAAUUGCCAACCCAAGUCGAGAGGACUUUUAUUUGAACCUUUUCUUCUUCUCCUCCCAUCAGACCGCAUCCUGCGCUCUUUCAAGAAGAUGCUCGGGAUUACUUCCGCUUCUUUCUACCCUUCCAUCUUCGAAGCACACAAGCUCCCAUCGUUCAUGUUGUCGACCGGACAACAAGCCCUUCUCCCGAAAGUAUGUAACUUCGCCUUCGGGGAGGAAAUGUUUUCGUUAAUUUCGAUCCUUUUCCCUUCAGUUGUCCUCGUCAAUCCGUUCUUCGUCCUUUUUCCGUCUUGCUUGUUUGACUUGAUAGAUCACACGCGAAACCUCAAUCCUUUCUCUCUUCUGAGCAUACUUCAUUGUGGAUGACCUUGAUCUAACCGGACAGCUCCUGGCUAGCAUCCAAAAGAGCAAUAUGGUCCGACGAC